AUGCAGGCGCGGCGCCUGGCUAAGCGCUCCAGCAUGGGCAGCCGGCGGCUGAGCGCGGGGCCGGCGACCGCCCAGGCGGACGGGGUCCGGCCCCCCAAGCCCGAGAGCGCCUGGAGGCCGCCCCGGCGAGAGGGCUCCGCCGCGGCGUUGGAGGAGGAGGACGAAGACGAGGACGUGGUGGUAGAGGUGGAGGAGGAAGAGGAGGAGGAGGAGGGCGGCCUGGGGAGCCCCCCCCCGGCGCUGACCGGCCACGGCAAGGGCCCCCUCCGGGGGAGCCUUAAGGCAGCCAGCAUCAAGCGUGAAAUGACCUUCCCUGCAUUUCAACAGGAGGAUGUAAAAAGUGACAUCAGUCAAAAACUGCCAGACCAACAGUUUCUCCUGUUCACCACAAAGGAGGAAGAUUUAAAAACAGCAGAGACCAAAAAACCAAACAGAGCUCAUGAGUAUGAAAAGGAAAACACUCGUUCUGUUUGUCUUCUGGAACAGAAGCGCAAGGUUGUUUCUUCAAAUAUUGAUGUGCCUCCAGCAAGAAAAUCUUCAGAAGAACUGGACAUGGAUAAAGUAACAGCAGCCAUGGUACUCACCAGUUUAUCCACCAGCCCUUUGGUCCGCAGCCCUCCUGUCCGACCCAACGAAUCCCUAAAUGGAUCUUGGAAAGAAGGAGGAUUUGUGCCUUCUAGUACCAGCAGCAGUGGAUACUGGAGCUGGAAUGCUCCCAGUGACCAGUCCAAUCCAUCCACCCCAUCUCCACCUCUGUCAGCUGAUAGCUUCAAAGCUUUCCGGACACCUUCCCAGCCAGAUGAUGGUAUUGAUGAAGCUGAAACAAGCAACCUUCUCUUUGAUGAACCCAUUCCUAGGAAGAGAAAGAACUCGAUGAAGGUGAUGUUCAAAUGCCUGUGGAAAAACUGUGGGAAGGUACUGAGCACAGCUGCAGGGAUUCAGAAACACAUACGGACCAUUCAUCUUGGACGUGUAGGAGAGUCUGACUACAGUGAUGGAGAGGAGGAUUUUUACUAUACAGAAAUCAGGCUCAACACGGACUCAGUAGCUGAUGGCUUAAGCAGUCUUUCCCCAGUCUCCCCAUCUUUAGCAUCUCCUCCUUCCUUUCCCACCCAAGACGCAAUCCGUCCUGAAACUUCCUGUGCCAAAACCGAGACUAAAUUGAUGACACCUCUGAGCCGCUCAGCUCCUACCAACCUCUACCUCGUACACACGGACCAUGCUUACCAGGCCACUCCUCCAGUGAACAUUCCAGGGUCAGCAAAAUUCACUCCCAAUGGCAGUAGCUUUAGCAUCUCUUGGCAGUCGCCUCCAGUUACCUUCACCGGCAUUCCAGUCUCACCAACUCAUAAUCGUCCUGCAGGGAGUGGAGAGCAGAAACAGUCCCACACAGUUCUUUCGUCACCGCCUAGAGUAGCAUUUGGCUUGAGGAAGCCUAGAGGGGAGGGGAAAAAGUGUCGGAAGGUCUAUGGGAUGGAGAACAGAGAUAUGUGGUGUACUGCCUGCCGAUGGAAGAAGGCCUGCCAAAGGUUCAUCGACUAAAGAUUGAAAUUAUGCAGAGGAUUUGGGGAUGGGGGAGGACAACAGCAGAACCAGAUUGCUGCAGCUGCACUGUAUCACUUCCCAUUUUCCCUCCGGUGAUGUGGUGUUGAGGGUUUUUGGGGUGGUUUUUUGGGGUGGUUUGUUUUUUUUUUUUUAAAGAGCUUUGUAUUUCAAAGUGAAGCACUUGUAGCCAAGGAGAAGCACUAAUCAAACCUGUGUGGAGCAAUAGAGCAAAAAAAAAAAAAAAAAGCAAAACCAAGAACAUACAACAAAAUUCUGUCUUACUAAAUAUGGAAACCAGAGCAGCUAUUAGUGUUUUUCUGUAAAAGAAAGGAAAAAGUUAAUUUUUUUGCUAACUCUGUGAGCUACCUGCUCAUUAGGAUCAUUUUUAACCAUUUCAGUCUCUGUGCUGUGAACGUCUGUAUUUGCUAAACUGAACAAUUAUUCUGUUCCUGAAACGAAGAUCUCUUUUUGAAAGCUUUCUAAUAAACACUUCAGAGUCGUAUAAGCUACAGUUUACUCAACAGAAGCUGUACUAAGACUGGAGACUGCUAAAUAAUUCUCCUGAUAUGAAUGAUCACGAUUAUAUUAUAUUUUUGGAAAGGGGGUGUGGGGAGGAGUUGGGAUUUUCAUUUGUUUGUUUAUAGGAGAAAAGCAAAGUCUGAAUUUGCAAGAAGGACAAGCAGUGCUCCUGGAAGAUUUUUAAACCAGGCACAGACCAUUGGAGUGGAACAAAGUAAUUUAAGUACCAAAUUGGAUUUUGAUCCUCUAGAGGAAGAAAAGCAGCAACGGAAAGUCACCAGCAGAUACUGUCACAACCAGAAGUUGAGGGAAGAAAUCUAGUGAUGCUUGAUUGAAACCCGUAAGAAUAUAAUGGGGGUCCAGUAGCUUUUCUUACUACUCUCCCAUUUCUGAGGGAGGAUGAACAGUUGGACCAGCAUGUUUGUUGCUGCAGGAGGCCUACGAAGAACUGGUAAAUGCAGCCACUCGGAUUAUAUGUAAUACAUAUUCAGGGACACGAUCCAGCCCAGCAGUUCUGCUCUUGCUUCCUUUUCUCUUAUUUGAGAGGUUGUUGUUAAGAUAAUGGUUUGCUCAGCUUUUUUUUUUUUCCCUAUUAAACUUGCUAAGAUUUAUUAGAUGCAAAAAAUUGAUAGAGAAAAGAAAAUACCCCCUUUCCAUGACAUCAUCUCAGAAAAAGAAGUAAGACAGCAAAGGAGCAACGUAUUCAUGGUAAAAGUCCAUUUCUUAUCUCAUUUUGAUAUAUGAAUUAACAAGUUCCUCUACUUGUAGUACUUGGAUAUAUUUGGGUACUUUAGUUUCUCUGUCCAUUAGAAAGUAUACACUGGAAUGUGGCAAGCUGGUGUUCUGUCUCAACUUGUAUUGAAUUACCAUUAAUUAACAGUUAUUUCAAUGCAAAAAUAAAGUAGGAUUUACUAGGAUAUGAAUGUAUAUGGUUAAACAAUACUUGCCUGUUAAAGAAAACAAGAGACCUUAAAAAAUAAUCAAAAACAGAAGCAAAAUUUUGUCUAUUAAUAGAGGUGUGGCAGCCCACAGAUUCCUGUUCUGUUUUUUUUCCAUACCAUUUGAAAUUAGACCAGAUGUUUUUUUUGUUUUUUUUUUUUAAUUGUCUAAACUGGCUAUUUCUCACUGAAAUAAGGGGACUCUAAGUAUCUAAACAGCAUUCUAAAAUCUGGUACAAAGUUCACUCAACAGCUUUAUUAAGCGUGCAUUGCUGCUUAUGCCUAUGUAAAAGCACAAAAUAACAAUGCAGUUGUUUAGAAUAUACACUAUGAAUUCAGUAAAGUAGUACUGAGAAGUAACGUUUGUAAUAGGAGCUACCGAAGAUUAUCAUCUGAUUUUCUUUGAACAAGUUAAUUGUGCAAUCAGAUGUCUAAUUUGAGCAUGCUAUUUCUGCAGUUGUUUACAAAUUGUGUAAUUUACAUGCACAAGCGGCAAGAUAUGCUUGCAUGCACGCAAUUACUUGAUUUUUUGCUCAAUUGUGUUCUUUAAGUCAUUUAAAAAAAAAGACUGAAAUCUAGUAAGACCCUGAAUAUAUACCACAUGUGUAUAUAAGUAUUUAUAUAUAUAUCAAAACCUACAUAUUAUAUAGUUUUAUAUAUAUAUAAAUCUGAGAUCAACAGGGAGGAGAAAGAUUGUUUUCUCUAUAAACAUAAAAACGGAGACACUAAAGUUCAGUGGCUAUACAUAGCCACUGUAUUAUCUUCUUUCCUCUUACUAAAACGUGGGUCAUGGGUUUUCUUUGGAUGUUGUAUUUUUUCAAUUUGCUUUGUAAAAUACCUCAUAGUAAUUUACAGCCAUUUCAUCUUCAGCUUGCUGAUGAUGUAUUUACUUUGGUAGAACUUAGAAAAUUUGGGACUUUUCCAAGAUACUCCUGCCAAUUUGCCCCCCCCAUUUUUACAAGCACUCCAGGACUAAUUAUAAAGUGUUCCAUAAUUAAUUUGACUAUUGUUAGACUGCCAGUAUUUGCCUAUAUAUUUGUUGUUCCCCUCCUUUUAUAUUUUCCCUUUUUGCUUUGGAGGAUUUUUUUGAAAAUAAUGUGUCAGAUUGUAUAUUGUUUCUAUAAUGUCAUGGCAUUGUGAGCACCUUUCCCGAGGGCACUUUACGAAUUAUUGUAAUAAGAUUAUUCUUUAUAAAUUUCUGCACGGAAGAAUGGUUUUGUCGCCAGACCAGAUUGCCCUCUGGUACAAAUUUGAUAUGGAUAUUGAUAUGGAUAUAGGCACAAAACCCACAAAUCAUCAAAACAGAAUAGAAAGUUGGUGUUAACGUAACAGAGGACAGAAGACACUUGAUAAAUCCUGCCAGGACAAAGCUAAAUUACCAGUAUUUUUACACAACCUUUAAUCAGCAGUUUAUAUUAAAUCAGUUUUGCAUCUUCUGGCUGUGGCAUUUUGAUUCAAAAGCAGGCACUCCUCGAGUUACCGUGUCUCAACCAUGGCCAGCGAUAGUGAGACGACAUGGCCAUCUGGACCUGCAGGAAGCCUUCACCAGUCGCUUCGUGCUUUGAACUCAGAUUACUUCGUGUCACAUGAGCACUUCGGCACCUGCCGAGAUCCCCUUCACUCUCCUGACACACCCAGCAAGAACAGAAAUGUCAGCAAAGCCUUCCCCAUGCUGGCAGUACCAAGCAUAAUCUGGAAUAACCUCUUCUAUUUUUCAGUCUCUUGCCUCUGUGUUGCUUUAAGCUGCAUCGCUGUCCUCCUCACAUCCGAUUCAUCUCACACUUCUGCGCCGGCCUCUCCGAAAGAGUCAGAUUUCUUUAUUUUCCCAAGGAAGACAUAGCCUGAAUGCUGUGGUCAUUUAUCAUCAUUGGUACAUGCCGUUUCCCCUAUUUUCGGUUUCUCUGUGGGAGGCAGGUCAUUGUCUCUGACCUCCCGGAGAAGUCAGAAAGAACGGCCUGAAUGCAUCUCGCAGUCUCUGUGCGCUACAGGGAUUUGGAUGUGGGUUCAUUUAUGUCAAGAGCCAGAACUUCCCCCUGAGAUACAAAACCAGAUCUAUUUUAUUGGGUUUAACCACUUAUUAGUACUGAUGCUGGUAACGGCAAUUGCCAACAUCAGUAUCGGAGUGGAGAUCAACUGUGUAGAUCCCAAAUAUUUUUCUUCAGGAAUUUUGUUGCUAUAACAAAGCUAUUUCCCACUUCCCUCAAAAGAUCUGGAAAAGGAGAUAGUUUUAGAAGUGGGAAAUUUUAAUGGCAAUUUUAAAAAAUGUGACUGUGCUCCAACUGCUCCUACACGAAGCUAUUGGACGUUACAGACUCAGAUCAUCUUAGUCAUAAAAUGGUUUCCACCCAAAACAACGUGCCUGAUUCUCUAGUGCCUUGCACAAAUGUCACAGGAUACACAAGAUGCAAAGUGAGCAAAAACUCUUCCAUGCUGAUUUGCAGGUUUACACUUACUUCUAACCAAUACCAGUUGUCACCUAGCAGGUAUCUGUUGUCAUGUAAGCCAGACCUGUAAGCCCUGCUUGUGUGACUAAGCUGAGCUGAAUGCCUAUCUGUUGAAUUACUUUUUCCAAAUCAUUAGCCUGGUAUGAACGUUAACUAUGUAACGAUCUGCAGAUUCCUUCCACCUGUUCGCUAUCACUGACAUCACUUUCUUUAUUCCUUCUCCCCUUCAUUUUUUUAAGGUAAUGAGUAGGUAGGCAACACAACAGGAGGCAAAACUUUAGCCAAAAGUUCUUGUAGAACCUGCAUGUAAGAAUGGAUUCCAGCUCCAUGCAAUAUCCCAGAUGUCCUCGUCACUGACUUUUUUUUUUUCAUUCAUUCUGAUCGAGUGAGUAGGGAUGGUUUUCUAUUUCUUGCUAUGGUCUGGGACCAGCUAGAGUGGCCCUGCCAAGAAUUCAGGACAAUCGCUGUAAGUGUGGCAAUACAAAACGGUUUGUUUCUUCCCCUGCCUGUAAACAUGUUGAAACGCCAUCUCAGAAACAGGACAUGAAAUCAGAAGCUUGCUCGCCAUGUGCAGAGAUGUAAGGUUACCAGUGAGGCUUGUUUCUGUUGGUUCAAACUUCAGUCAUCUGUUGGAGAAAGUUGUGCUGCACCUUGUCUUAGAAAUGUUUUGAUAAGGAAACGUUUGUAAAGCCUCAUCUUGGUCUUAUAUUUACUCUUUAUUGAAUCUUCCUGUAAGGUGGUAGCGCUGGAACUGAGACCUGUGUGGAGUAUGGGAUUUAACCUGCAUUUGCCAGGAUUUUUCUGGUAGAUAAAUGAGCUGUUGCAAAGCAUCAUAGUGUAGAUUUUGUUCUAGUAUAAGCUCAGGAGAGUUUUAUGGCACCUUUCGCAGAAUAGUUAUAUAGUAAGUCAUGAGCAAAAAUUAAUCAAGCUGAGGGUUUAAAUACAAUCUGUAUCUGCUAGGCGUAAACAUCUAUGUCUGCAACCAUGUGGAGCUUGAAAAGCUUCAAGAUUGCAAAAAAGCCAAAGUACACUUAUCAUUGACAGUGCCCACUUGAACUGGUUUUUCCAUCUUAGACUACAGUGCUUUUGCAUUGACCAUGCUCUCACUUCUAUCCAAAUGCAAGGUUAAAGAAGAUGUCUGUCUUCCACUUGGAACUUUUUGAGUUUAUUCCUCAAUAUGAAAAACACUCAAGUUCUGUGUGCUUCACGCAGACCGUUUUUAAUAGCAAUCCAGAAAGACCCUGCAAACAGAAGUCAGUCUGUUUCUGAUGGCAGCAAGCAAAAUAAAAUACAGUUUGCAUCUGUGCUUGCUCAUACUCACAGCAAGAAUUCAUGUGGCCAGUCAGGUGAUGAAAUGAAAGGGAAUGGAUGUUAGUAACAAGCCAGUGCUCUGCUUUUUUUUUAACGCAUCUUAACACCAAGAAUGUUUUUCCUUCCAUGUCUGACUCUGAGUGUGAGAUCUCUAAUAUACCCUUGAGGGAAGUGAAUUUAGCAAUAGAGGUGCUGUUUCAGCUUUCCUAUUACUUGGGCAUAUACACAAUAUUAUACUAACAAGGUAGAUUUGCAAGAUUAAAUCCAAAUUCUUGAUAUAAUUCAAUGCUAAAGACAGACUUGAACAUUUUAAAAUGUUUGAAUGUUAGUGUUAGAAACAUUUGCCAAUCCUUUUAAAAAAUUCAGGUUUGGCUUUGGAGUCCUUAGUAUGUUAUACCCUGCAGCAAUUAGUAUAUGCUGUGUAAUGGUCAGAUAAACAAAAGCUGUUUGUAAAAAACUGUCUUGGGAAGAUGGGGGGGG